AUGGCCUUCAAGAAUGGGCUGAGUGAACGCCUCGAUGAGCUCCGAUUCCCCUCCCCUCGAUCCCCCCCAUCGGAGUCCGCCUUCCCAGGCUAUACGUCGUUAUCGCCUGGCCAUUCGAACUUGGCUCCCGGUUUCUCACGACCUAGCAGUGAUGUUCGGGCCAAUCUGCAGCGUCGUUUCACAACCGAUUCAAGCAAGUUUUCCUCGUCAUGGAAUUAUUUGAAUCAGGGGAGUACUCCGAUGCCAGACCCUCUCGACCUGCUAUCUUCGUUCGAGAAGAAGCGACAGCAUAUCGAGUAUAUGCGAGAACAGAAAAGACGUUUUGAAGAAGAUAUGAAAUUGCUCGACAUGCAGCACGAGAAAGAAAAGAUUGAGAUGGAUCAGCUUGCUCGUGAUCUGGCCAAGGCUGGUCUCGGCGGUGCAGCGAGCGAGCCCACUACCCCUCCCGAGUAUCGGGAGCCGCCUGCUCAGACUGCGGUCUCUCGGCCUGGAAGAUUCUCCAACGCCAGUGUGACUUCAUCCCCUGGAUUCUUCAAUGUUUUCGCCCCAUCUCCUCAGCUUACCUCCCCGCAACAACCCGUCGAUCGGUUUGCAGGCCAUUCGGUGCCUGGGUCUCGCCGUAACUCUGAAAAAGAGGACUUCGUCAUGGAGUCGAGUUAUCGGCCAAGCAAUGCAGUUCAUCGUUUGUCGCUGCCUUCUAGCAACUACAAUGGCCAAUACCGGCCGAACGUAUCUGGUUAUGGCAGCAACUCAGGUGUGAACAACUCCUUUGCUGGAACAAAACACUUGUUCCCGAGCGACGAGGGAAAGCCUUUCUUGAGAGAUGAAGAUCGCUUGUCAACCCCCGAUAUCAAGGGCUACAUUCGGAUGACUGACCCUGACGACAAAUUCCCGACUCUCUCGCGCCGAGGCGGUUCCAACAUUUUGUCUGCUAAUCCAGAUGCCCUUGAUCUGGCUGGCUCCCGCAACCCUGGCCCAGAACCCCAUCAUGCAUCCUUCCACAGUCGGCACCGCUCUGCCCAUCAGAGCAUGCCUAAGACUUUGACCAACUUCCGCCUGGACCAUGGGCAUAAUGGCAACUCACCAAAUGAUGAGCAAGCGAACGGCUCUCAGCCUCGCCAUGCCGCGCGUCAUUCGCUUGGGGAAGGAUUUGUGUUCCCCAGUGAACGUAACAACGAUGCCACGACUCCAGUUCCUUCGAACCGACCAGUUCCCCUCCAGUCAUACUCUACUAAUGACCUCCCCACGGUCAAAGGGAAUGGCAACGGCUUCGACGCGGCUAUAACUCCGCCCAAUACUUAUGCCGAGAACAUUCAUCACCAACAUCAUUCUAGUAUGGGACGAAUUCCUACGGGCAACUCUAACUCGCGUUCUGCGAAAGGAUCUCCCGAGUCUGAAAGCAUUAAGACUACUACUCAGCCCAUCCUGCAAGCCAGUGCACCCCCAUUUGGACCUCAGAUUACUCCAGCCACGACGAACUCUGGCGUGCCUGGGUAUAUUGCAUCCAAUCCACUGCAAUUCCCGAUGCAUGCAGGAUAUCCAACGCAACCUUUUGUCAACCAGGGUGGGCAGGUUACCAAUCAAGUCCCGACCAUGGCCGCUGGAAACCCAUAUUUGACAUACAACAACUUCACCGGUGGUUACCGUUUCAAUGAUCCAAAUGGCCGGGGCGGAGUUGGACAGCGUCGCCAGACUGAAAGCGACUCUAGCCAGCUAACUCGUUUUACCAAUUUCCCUCUCGAGCAUUACAAGGGUGAGCUGUAUAGUCUCUGCAAAGACCAGCAUGGCUGCAGAUAUCUGCAACGCAAGCUCGAGGAACGGAAUCCUGAACAUGUACAGCUGAUUUUCAGCGAGACUUACAUGCAUGUGAUUGAACUGAUGACUGAUCCGUUCGGUAACUAUCUUUGCCAGAAGCUCCUCGAGUUUUCAAAUGAUGAACAACGCACUGCGCUCAUUGACAAUGCUGCUCCUCAGCUUGUGAAGAUAGCGCUCAACCAACAUGGAACUCGUGCACUGCAGAAGAUGAUCGAGUUCAUCUCGACCCCAGAACAGACUGUCACUGUGAUCAAGGCACUGGAAAGACAUGUUGUCGAGCUUGUUCAAGAUCUGAAUGGCAACCAUGUUAUUCAGAAAUGCCUUAAUCGUCUAUCUAAAAAGGAUGCCGAGUUUAUCUAUCACUCUGUGGGUGACCGUUGUGUCACUGUUGGCACCCAUCGCCACGGAUGCUGUGUCCUACAACGUUGCAUCGACCAUGCAUCUGGUGACCAAAAGGAUCGUCUGAUUGGUCAAAUCACUAAGAAUGCUUACCAACUGGUUCAAGAUCCCUUUGGCAACUAUGUUGUCCAGUACAUUCUGGAUCUCGGUGACCCUUUCUACACCGGCCCCCUUUGCCAAACCUUCGCAGGCAAUGUCCCGGCUCUGUCGAAACAGAAGUUUAGCUCUAAUGUCAUCGAGAAAUGCUUACGCACUGCUGAUUCGGAAAAUCGCCGUGCAUUAAUCGAUGAAAUGCUGAGUGGAAGCGAGCUGGAGAAGAUGCUGCGCGACUCCUAUGCCAACUAUGUUGUGCAGACCGCGAUGGAGUUUGCGGACCCCGAGACUCGCACCCGCAUCAUUGAAGCUGUCCGGCCUCUGGUCCAUUCAAUUCGUGGUACCCCCCCAUGCGGCCAUGUCACUCCGAAUGAGAUCAGCAACACGCCCAAGCAGAUGUUACAGAAACCAUUCGGUUUUCAGCAAGGCCCAGUUCCUGCCUUCAAUGGAGCCACUGCCUUCAACCAGAAUGCUUUGCCGACCCCCGUACAAAGCUCAUCGAAUACUCCGCCCAGCGGCACAACUGAGGGACCCAUGUUCGGAUCCCCUGGUUCAGCCUCAAACAUCGGCGUUCAGAACCAGCUUUACGCCUACUACUAA